GUUAAAUAAUGUUAUCCCGGAAGUGUAGCUUCAGAGAGGCGAGAGAGAGGUGUAUCAACUUUGUAGUUGUUGGCCUACCAUAAUUUUACUGCUGUGUAGACCAGAGAAUGGUGAAAAUACGAGGGUUAUGAAUUUAUGAAUAGUCUGUAUAGUUUGUGCUCGAUAACCGGUUAGUCUUUAGAGCUCACUGAAUUGCAUGCACCAGGAAGUACACUCAACAUGUCGAAGCAACAACUUCAGCAGACGCUGUUUUUGCCCAACGAUGAACGUCUCAUCACUAUGAUUCCAGUUUCCAAAAUGCCAAGAAAGACAAAUUUGAAAAAGAGGAGCAGUCUACUUUGCGUAGUGUUAAACACAGUGGAGAUUCCUGUGAAAGUGUACAUUUAUCAUGUUAAGAAGUCAGACAGAGGAGAUGGAUUCAAAAAGAAAAUGGCAUGGCUACUACGUGAUUUGAGAAUGCUGGAUGGAAGAUCGGCAGACAAGGACACUUCUGAGUUCGACUUACAUUUUGAAAAAACCUACAAAUGGUCGGCUUCAAGUCUGGAAGAAAAAGAGACUUUCAUUUCAUCACUAUGGCGACUCAGUCACAGAUUUCUCAUUCAAAAGCCAGAGUUUGUCAACAUUCCACAAAGACUACUGGAAGAGAUCAAAGACCCGCACAGUCUUGGGGAGAAGGCCAAAAGCGUGGACGACAUCUCCAUGGAGGGGGAAGACUACCAGGCUCUCUCCGGGAAGGAGGAGGCCGACCUUGAACUUCUUAUGUCGGAAUGUCAGGUGGCGAUCAGCAACGCUGAGGCCUUCACGGAGCAACUUUCCAAGCAACUAUCCGUGUUGGAUGGGGCCAACAUUCACUCUAUCAUGGGCUCAGAGGACCAAGUGCUUAACUUGAUGCGUCUGCUCGAUGAUGGGAUUCGAGAGGCUGAGAUGAUUGAAGAUAAGCUGGACACUUACGACAAAAUGCUGGCCAACGUGAAAGAACAGAUGGAGGUGAUGCGAGACAAAGACACUCUGAUGACUGUGAGGAACACCAACCACCAACGUCUGCUGGAUGAACUUCAGAACCUUGUGGAUCAUCUAGACUUUGACCUGAAGUAUACGCAGGCCCUGAUGGAUGGUGAUCUGACCAGUCCAGCUGGUAUCGUGGAGUGCACUCAGGCUGCUCAAGCAUUGCACAGCUGUAUGAAUGCUCAGAUACAUCCCUCUCUUCAAAGGACAAGAGCAGUAGAGGAACAGCAGAAACACUUUAAGAAAUUGGCCAUCCACUUCUCCAAGCGUCUCAGUCAUCACUUGAACAACCUGUUUAUCCAUCAGGGCAAUGAGAUUGGGGAGACUCUCAGCCGUUAUGCUGGAGACCUGAAGAUGCCACAGCACAACUCUAUACACAAAGAACUGGUCAUCUACGCUGACCUCAUGCUGUGGCUGAAGAACACUGAUGAGACGAGCUUCCACAAACUUUCUGCUGUGUACAUGAGUAACUUGUGUAAACUGUACACGAGAGAGGUCAUGGAGUUCAUGGAGUCUGCCAAACAGAAACUGGUCACCACCAAAGAGACCAAAGGAAAACACCAUGGUGCGUCGACUUUGUCACGUCUGACGGGAUCCACCACCAGCCUGACCAAGAUUGACCACCGCGGCCGGUCUGGGUCCAUUCAGAGCGUGGACUCUUCCUCCAUCAAAUAUGGCUCUGACUUGGACAUUGCCAUGCGCAGCGUUUUCGACUCAGUACUGGAGAAAGUUUUGUCUGAAUUGGAGAGAGUUUGCAUCGCAGAGCAGGAUUUUUGUUUCAAGUUUUUCCAUCUCAUCGAUAAAAGUUCAGGAGUUGAUGAUGAUCAGAAGAAGGAGAAGGAGGCGUCUGGGGAGGCUGCGAGCGGGGAUGGAGAUGCUGACGUGUGGGUGGCCAAACAAACUUAUUCUGCCUCAGAGGGCCAAUACAUAACUGAAAAUUUAGGUGAGGGUCUCAUGCAGACCAGGGCUACUGUCACCUUGGAGAUGAGACAAAUCAAUGAUCAAGUGAGGUCGAUGAUGGCAGAGUUAUUCCCCCAGCUGGAGCAGGAGUUGGACCAGUUCCUCACACACGCUGAUCGCCAGGAUGGCAUGUACUCGAUGUACAUGUUGGUGCGAAUGUCUCAGCACGUCAUCAACAACCAGGAUAUGGGAUCCUUCCUUGGAAAGACCUUCGGCAACUGUCUCAUCAAGGUCAAGAGGAACUUUGACCGCUAUGUGGAUGUAAUGAUGCAGAGUGUCAGAGAGACAAAGGUUUCCAAGAAGAACAGAUGUGGCAUCAUCAGUUUUGUUCACAACUUUGAGGAAUUUGCCAACCUGGCAGAGAACAUUUUCCGUGGCUCAGACCGCCACGCAGACCUGGACAAGGCCUACAGUAAAGUGGUUCGGAUCAUCUUUGAACAGAUCAUGCGUGUGGCACAAGAGCACCAGAAAACUCCCAAGGAAGUUGUGCUCAUGGAAAAUUUUCAUCGCAUGUAUUACUUUCUUUGAGGGUGUGGAGGCUCGGGUUGCCACAGGAGUCAAGCCUGAAGAGGUGGGAUUUCAGCUGGCCUACAGCAAACAGGAGCUGAGGAAAGUCAUCAAAGAAUACCCAGGGAAAGAGGUGAAGAAGAACUUGGAGCAUUUGAACAAGAAAGUGGAGAAACAGCUGUGUGAGGAAGAGAAUCUAAUACAGGUGGUGUGGCAUGAGAUGCAGGACGUGUUUAUCCAACAGUACAAGUACUACGACGAGCUGAUGCGCCGCUGCUACCCCGAUUCCAACAUCACUCUGGAGUUCACCAUGCAGAACGUGCUGCAGUUUUUCUCCGACAUAGCACAGGCGCACUAGCCUCAGCACGAAAGAGUGUUUUAUUUGUUCUGAAAUUCAUUAACUCUUUCAGGCACGUGUGUUGUGACAAACUUUGCCGACUUUAAUUAGCUUUACCGAAAUGUCAGAGGCAUUUUGUCCGUCUUUCAGGCCCGUAUAGUUUGACAGACUUUGCCCAUAUUAAUUUGCCUUUACCAAAAUGGCAGAGUAGUGGGAGUAGGACCUUUCCUAAACAACUGAAGGAAUGACAAACGA